GACAGGGGUUUUUUCAAAACCCAUUUCAGCGCUCCAAACCCAUUUCCCAACCCUUGCUCUGCAAUCUUCGAGACCGACGCUCUCCUUGCUUCAAUCAUCAUCUGGACAGGGUACCAUCGUCUCCAUCAUCAACCCCAUUCUCCCCAUUCAUUGCAUUGAACCUAGAGUGAGAAUGAAGAACAGAAAGAGGUCUCGAGCUAGUGAGGAUGCGGGGCCUACAGAGGAUAGACACCGGCGAUUACAUGCUUCUAGCCGGCGCGGCGAUCAUGCUGCGACCUCUCAGGCGGUUGAGGCUUCAGCUCCAGCUCCAGUUGAUUCUAUGCAGUCGCCCAUGGUAGAGGCUUCAGCUCCAGCUCCAGUUGAGCCUACUGAUCCAGUUCCUACUCCGCCGUCUCCCAUGGUUGAGGUACCUCGCCAUGAGUCACCAGGCGAGGAGUCAUCAGGCGAGUCGUCAUCCGGCGAUGAGUCAUCCGGCGAUGAGUCAUCCGGCGAUGAGUCAUCCGACGAGGAGUCAUCCGGCGAGGAGGGGUCAUAUGACGAGGAUAGUAUUCCUCCUCCUGAUGUUGAUGCUGAUGUCGUGCCAGAGGCACAGGGUGGCGAGGAGGACCUGAUCCAGAGGUUGCCGCCGUUUCCGGGGGGGCCUGUUGAUCUGUCGCUUCUCACGCAUUAUGCUGAUCACAAGGCUCCCUGGACGUGGCAUGCACUCCUACGCACAGACGAGCGGUAUGUGGACCGUCGACACUUGAGGGUGGCCACAGCUGGGGGGAAGGUUUGGAACCUUGCUUGUGAUGGUGAUUCAGACAGUCACAGGAGGGUUCGAGAGUUGAUUGAGCAGACGGGUCUUCAUCAGCUACCCUGGUGCAGCUACUCGGAGACAGAUGCAGGCCUCAUUUUGGCCCUUGUGGAGCGAUGGCAUGAGGAGACUAGUAGCUUCCACAUGCCGUUUGGGGAGAUGACCAUCACCCUGGACGACGUGUCGGCUCUUCUCCAUCUCCCCAUGGGGUCGAGGUUCUAUACGCCUGGGAGGGGGAGAGGGACGAGUGUGCAGCGCUAUGUGCUGAGUUGAUGGGAGGAUCUGUUGCUCGUUAUCAUGCUGAGUUUGAUAAGAACAGGAGCCAGACUAUUCGCUUUGGGGUCUUGCAGACCCUGUAUGAUGCUGCGUUGGAGGAGCACCGAUAUGAGGACGCUGCACGGAUUUGGCUGGUGAACCAGCUAGGCGCGACGCUCUUUGCUAGCAAGAGCGGUGGAUACCACACGACCGUCUACUGGAUAGGUAUGUUGCAGGAUCUCGGUCGAGUGUCCGAGUACGCGUGGGGCGCGAUUGCGCUCGCUACGUUGUACGA